AUGAUGCAGCAAGUUGGGAUUAGUGACUCCCUACAUGAUCUAGGAUUUAUGGAUAUUUCAGAUAAUAGGAGUCAUCAAACUAUAGUCAUUUUGAAUACAAUUGCUGACUCCUUAUGCUCCAUCUCUUCCUCAGCUGAUCCAGGGUCAAGCCACGCCCACCAGAGUCGCCCUGAUGCAGGACCUAUAAAUACUGUGCACGAGGCAAGGCGUAUGCAGUGCGACUCACGACAAGCAAAGCAGGACAUCAUGAAAUCUCUGGUAAUUUUGGCAGUGCUGGGAGUGUGCUCCGCCUCCACCUGGCAGGCCAACUACGGAGGCUACGGCGUGUAUGGCGCUCCUUACCAGCCGAAGUGGACCGGACCCGUGGCAGCCACCGUCCCGGCGGGCGUCGACGGUACCAUCACCCCGGUAUCCGAUACCUACGAGGUGAGCGCCGCGCGUAAUGCCUUCUUCAAGGCAUACAACGCCCAACUGGCUGCCGUGGGCGCGUACCGUUACGGUACUCCUGCCUACCACCACGCCACGCCGGCAGUGCACGUCAGCGUAGCAGCGCCCGCCGCCCACCACUCCGCUCUCACUUACGGCGCCGCACCUGUUCCCGUCGGUGACACGCCCGCCGUAGCCGCCGCCAAGGCUGAUUUCUUCCGCCUGUACAACCUGCAGGCGGCAGCAGCAGCCGCGGCUCCAGACCAUGAUGCUCCUCGCUACUAUUACUGAAAGGACUUGAAAACUCCCAAUGAAACCAAUGAAAAUGUCUGUACUCUGCAAAUUUACGAAAAUGAAUUUAUAUUUCUAAACUUUUUACUUCAUUAUCCGAGUUAAUGAAUAUCCUGUCGCUGAAAAGGACAUAUUAGUACUCACAGUCGCACGCUCAUGAAUAUAAAAAGAUUAAUGUAGAUUCAUUUACUGAACGAUUUCAAAACUGCGUACACUUUCACCUGUAUAGUAUCCGUAUCGUCUAAUACUACUAAAUACACAGUGAUCAGACGAAUUACAAUAUUUAUAAGAUGUUUGGAAAAUUGGAAAGCUGACCAUUAUGACCUCAUCCGUCCUAAGAAGCCUUGAUUUCAACGUUCGGUGGUUUUCUGAAGCAAGGAAAUACACAUUUGCCUGAUCAUUUUAUAAACUAGAAGCACUCAAAAAGCGCAUACCUCCGUCAAGGCAACAUAAUAAUAUUUUAAAUCCCAAAAAGUUUAAGAUAUCCGUAUCUAGCAAAGCUAGAUCACCAAUCAUCCUGCUAACCAAGGAACAACCAACGCUACCAAAGAGACAACCUCCUUGGCGGAAGCAAUUACCAUCAAGUAUACUCAUUGUAUAUGUCAUGUUUUCUACGAAAUUAAUUUCUAAUGUAAGCACAGCCACGCAAUAAAAUG